CCAUGUUACGGCCAAUCAGCGUUCAUGGCACACAUUUAAAAAUCUUAAGCAGUAUGUUAGGGUUUUUGCAGCGGUCGUCGACUCGGCAAUACGGUAACGGUUUCCUUGUACACUGGAUAAAACACACUUCUUGUUCAAAACCAUGGUGAAGGAACGAAUCCAGAAAAAUCCAGCUCGGAGCACUCUGGCUGAGAUUAUGAACAAAGUGAAGGAGACGCGUAAUAAGAAGCUGGCCCGGGCCGCGGCGUGCAACAGGGGGAAGAGAACCAGACUUGCCCACAACAGCAGCAUGGCGCCAGGCGACCUUCUGGCCGCGGUGCAAAAAAACAACACGUCGCUGGCGAUUGCACUGCAGACCGAGAAGGAGAUGGUGCGACAGGCCAAAGCUGUCAUCUUGCAGCUGACUGUGGAGCGGCAAGCCCUCCAACUGCAAGUGAUAGUGCUCAAAAGGAAACUCCUGGAGCAGCGGGCCCUCGCCACUGCAUCCACACUGGCUGAGGUGUCAGAGUUGCCCAUGGAAGUGGCAGAGUUGCCCGUGGAAGCAACAGUGGAUCCACCAUGGAGAGAAAGCAUUGGUGAAGGCAGGACGGCUGACGUUUCCCCGAUUUGUGCAGAUUCUCCUAAAAUGGACGCCCGGUCUGAAUAUGUCCAAUUGGCUCUGCCGCCGACAGUGGUGGUGAGGCCAAAACACAAUGGUGGAGAAUGCAAGCGCAGAAGGCGGUCUAACUGCAUAGGUUCCAUCGGCGACAUGAACUUGGAAGCGCUCAAAGAGAAGCCCCCCAAGCAACGUGAAGAACCCUGGGAGCUUUUGAAGGUUCAGGUGGACGAUGGCAUCCACAUGCAGAAAUCUGGAACGCCCGUGAGGGCUGGCAAACCGGCACGGCCCAAAGCGAAGGCGUCCAUGCACAAGCCCCCCAAGCGAGGAUGCCAACCAAGGCGAGCCCCUCUCAAAAAACCUUGUGAGAACCACAAGAACCAGGAGUGCUGCGCGCCAUGCCCCGAGCAGUUCAACACCUCGCUGGGCUCGGACAUUUUCGACUUCACAUGCGAGGAGGCUGUUCACCGGACGCCCUUCAAGGGCAAGUUGGACAGCUUUGAAGACCCCGCCGCAGAGCCCCCGGCUCCGGACCCCGCCGCAGAACCUCUGAACUCUGGCUCACCAUCUUCGCCAUCCUCCGAGUCGGAAGAUGACCUGUACAUACCCAAGAAGGCCAGAAGGGGACGCUGGCCCCCUGAGACCGCCAAGAUCAUCACGCGCAGCAGGCGACCUCCCAACACAAACACCGAAGUCCUGCGCCAGGGCAUAGUGGCCACCGCUGUGCCUUCGGUCAGCACCCUGGCGGAAGCCGACAAGACCAUUGAUGACAUCCUCUCCAGUUUGGAAGACUCCCUCUUCCAAAGUCAGCCUCCGCUUUCCCCUUCUCCACAGUGGCAACACCAGCGAGUGACUGUUCGCAAGAAACGUGGGCCGGGUGGCUCCGUUCUGCACGUCGCCGCCAAUCGAACGCCGCGGUGUCUCGGCUCUGAUCUGAGUGACGUGACCAAUGUGUUGCCUGCAGACCACCACGUCUCCCCACGAGCACGCCGACGCACCCUGGUGGUGGACUACAAGGAGCCUUCGUUGAACAAGAAACUCCGGCGUGGGGACAAAUUUACCGACUUGCAGUUCCUUUCGCCGAGCUCGCCCAUUUUUAAGACCAAGUUGUCAGGCAGAAGGUCCCGAGAAUCUGCCCGCGCAACACCCAAGCCAGACAAAUUUAACGAGCCGUUUGUCAGAUGUCGUGAACACUUUUAGUUGAAAUGUGGUCUCUUUGCAAUUCGUAAGUUGAUCAACACGUGUAAAUAAUGAAAAUAAAGUUUUUUCUUUUUCUUGUAAAUAAUAAAAACGGUUUUUUUCUUGUAAAUAAAAAGUUUUUUUUCUUGUAAAUAUGCAGCAUUAGUUGCAUUAAGCGUAAAAACUAAAAAAUAGUUUUAACCUUUAAUUUUUUUAAGAUUUGACUUCAUUUAAUUAGUAACCGUAAAGAUCAUGGACAGUCUUGCCAAGAUGUCUGUGGAAAUUGCAAGUUAAACACAUUGAUUUUUUUUAAAUUAAUUUUUGUAAAUUGGCAACAGUAUUCAUACAAAGCCCAUGAUAAUUUCACUUGAGCUCAGUGGCCUAGUGGUAGACUGUCAGCCCUGAGACUGGAAGGUUGUGGGUUCAAACCCCGGCCGGGUCAUACCAAAGACUAUACAAAUGGGACCCAUUACCUCCUUGCUUGGCACUCAGCAUUAAGGGUUGGAAUUGAGGGGUUAGAUCACCAACUGAUUCCCAAGCGCGGCAUCGCUGCUGCUCACUGCUCCCCUCUCCCACAGGGGAUGGAUUAAAAUCACAUGGGCAUGGGUUAAAUGCAGAGGACAAAUUUCACCACACCCAGAUGUGUGUGUGACGACCAUUGGGACUUUAACUUUUAACUUUGAGUCUUUGUGUUGGAGCUUAGUUAAUUCCCUAUAUUGAUUGUAGUAUUAUCAUUAUUUGUGGUCUGGCCUAUGAAUUAUUUCUGUGCUACAGGACUGUCGCAGAAAUUUUGAAUAUUGUGAUAAAGGUCUUUAUUUUCUGUAAUGCAAUUAAAAAACAAAUGUCAUA